AUGAAAUUCUUGGCAGUAGCGUUCGCCAUCGUUCUUGUCGUUCAGCUCGCCGACGUCACCGCUGACAAGCUACCCUUCAAUGACCUGAUGGAAACGUACGGAGAACAACAAAAUCUUGGAGUUGCACCAGCUCAGCGUGCAACGCACAAUGUCGAAGACGUGGUUUCAGACGUGGAGUAUGUAUCUCUGUUAGAGUUUGUCGCUGUUUCAGAUAAAUUAACGUUUCUUGCAACAGCUUCAUCCUCCAUCUUCAUUAAAUCAUUCAUUUAA